AUGCGCAGGGAAGAGAAGAGACGCAAGUUCAAUGAAGCUGUCCUCAACACACUUUUCCCGCCUCCUUCCCCUCCAUCAUCACCACCACCAAAAGAUGAAGAAGUGCCAUUGAGCAUUUUACAUCAAGACUUUGAAGAAGACUUGGGGGAGAGUGGGUCUGCAACGACGAGCGGGGACGAUGAUGGUAAUGGUGAAAGUGACCCUCAGAGGCUUACAAGGGCUCAGCGGAAGAGACUCCGCAAGAAGAAGCUCAAGGAAGAUGCUUCCCGCCGUAGGGAACUUAUUGGGCCCCUUUUACCUCCAACCGUCGAUCAAGGUGAAAACGAAGCUCAAGGUGUUCGACGUAAUGCCUCUGAGGAACCUGAUGCUGCUAUCGUCGAGAAACCAGGAGAUGAGCCAGCUGCUUGCAGUAAUCAGAACAAGGUAAAGCAAAGGAGGAAGGCAAAGAAGCUGGCCAGGGAAAGAGAGCAAGAUUGA